ACAACGGUGACCGUAUUGCGGUUUUCAACAAAGUUUAAAUUUUAGAUUAGAUAGUGUAAGAAUGCUCCCAUUUUUCCCGUCGCUCCGACCGGCCGUGGCCAAUAAUCUUUGGUUCGCCGUCGAUGAGUGCUGCGAUGAAGACGCCGAAGUAAACGCAAUGGAAUCGGAACAUCAGGAAUGGCUAAAUCGAAUGUCGCAAAUUGGAGCCGAUUUGGCUCCCAUAGGAAAGGAUACAAACGAGCAUGCCGAUAACAUGGAUUCGGAAGAUGAUGACGCGAACGACGAAAGUGAUGAUUCGGACAACUCGGAUGAAGACGACGAGGAUAUGGAAGACAUCGCCAACGUUGCCCGACCGAACGAACGGUUAGUGAUGGAACCGACUUACAACAAUAUGGACGAUGAACUACAAACCAACGACCCGCUGUAGUAUAGUACCUAAAUAUAAACAUUUUUCGGUGAUAAAUAAUGAAUAACCGUUGCUCGUACAAUUAUGGUUAUAUCUCACUUUAUUAUGAUAGGUUCGAUAACUAAUAAAAAUACAUGUACGAUCCCUAUAGAUUCUAAGUAGUAGGUAAUAAAAGUGUAGA